ACCGCGCGGCGAAGGCAAAGCGGCGGGGGGCGGUAGGAAAACAGCAGGCGAGCGCCCUCCGCGUUUCGAACGAAAGACGAAAAAAAAGGAGAUCGCGAAAGAAAUAAAAAAAUCCACCGUCUUCUCGCGGCAUCCUCCUCCUCCAAACCCUAGCUUCCCACGUCCCCACCCGCGCCCCCACCUCGCCGUCGCUGUCGCCGUCGCGUCCCAUGGCGAAGUCGCGGCCGCCCAAGCGGAUCCUCGAGUUCUACACCAUCAAGGGAUCCGACAAAAUCAUCAAGCGUAUCUGUCGAUGCAUUUAUCUCUCCUUGGCAGUUGGCAUGUGUGUAAGAGCGAGCAUUCUAUUACUUAGGAUGGCUGAUACUAAAAUGCUGGGGAUUGUGUGCUAAUGAGGGCGUCUGAUGCAUCAAAGCCACCAUAUGUGGCAAGAGUUGAGGCAAUUGAGGCAGCAGGAUCUCGAGGCACAAAUGUGAGAGUACGGGUGCGGUGGUAUUAUCGACCAGAGGAAUCCAUUGGUGGGAGGAGACCUUUUCAUGGUUCCAAGGAGGUGUUUCUCUCUGACCACUAUGAUGUACAGAGUGCUGACACCAUUGAGGGGAAGUGCAACGUCCACAGCUUCCGUAGCUAUACAAAACUUGAUUCUGUCAAUGCUGAGGACUUCUUCUGCCGCUUUGAGUAUAAAUCAGCUACAGGAAGCUUCGUGCCCGACCGCAUCGCUGUGUUUUGCAAGUGUGAGAUGCCGUACAAUCCUGAUGACCUUAUGAUCCAAUGCGAGGAAUGUUCUGAUUGGUUUCACCCUGCUUGCAUUGGAAUGACUAUCAAAGAAGCAAAGAAACUUGAGCAUUUUUUCUGCCAGAGCUGUACAGCUGAAAAUGGAAAGAUGACUGAGAAUUCUCAUGAAGCUACAGCACAAUCAGAAGAAAAGCAGGUGGAGUCAAAACGACGGAGAAGGUGAUGGCUCUGCUGGUUAAUUUAUGAAAUUCUGCAUGGUUGUACAAAGCCUUCCCAAGUUUGAGAUCUGUAAUGUUAUUCGUCAUCGCAGUUUGUGGCUCCGGGGUCCCUCUAAUGUCAGGCACACGCUGUACAUAGCUUGCAACCUGAGAUUGUUGUAUUAGAGCACAAUAGGAUUUGCGUCGUAGUGUCAGACUAUGAGAGUAUGUGUAGAGUAUGGCAGCACGCCAGCAUCAGGUGAUCAAGCUCCCUCUGGGCAUUAGGACUCCUGCAUGAUCCAGCAAUAAUAGUUCCAUGCAGCCGGGCCUGGCCAGUCAUCGUGUUCGUUCUCUCAAAACUUUGUAUCGUCAUGUGAUUAUGUGAACUCUUUUUAUUCUCACUGUAAUGGAGGCAUCUCAGUGUGGUACUUGCAAAUUGUUACUUGGAAACCAUACCUACUC